UAAGUUUUUCGGUAUCCGUAGCUUCGUUGUUUCCCCCUAAACAAAAGGUCGCCCAUUUUUUUCUCUUCUUAGUCCGCCUGUUUUUGACCGCAAUCAUUUCAAAAAAAAAAAAGAAAAAAAAAUUAAAAUUAAAAUCAUGCUUUGACAUUAUUGUUUGUUCUCUGCAAUGUUUAUAACUCAAGUACACUUCGGCUCAAUCGAGCUCAUUAACGGUGGUUAACGAAGCUUUUGAGGCCACUCUGUUCUAACAGGGGAGAAGCAGGUUAUUUGUUUCGGAGGAACUGAUUAAGCACAAGUUGACUUAUUGGUGGCAUUUGUGUAAAUAUACUCAUAGACCUGAUUUUUGUGUCAUUGCAUACGCCAUGAUUCCAGGCUUGUAAUUGAGCUGUGUGCAUUUACUUAGGUUGGAUUUUUGAAGAGGAAGAUAUGUGCUAUUUGUUUCGCGGUUUGAAGAAGGUUUUUCACUGUUAUGAUCUUGGACCUUCAUUAUUAUCAGUCUUUUUGAAUCUGAUUGACAGGGAGUGUCCAGAUGAAAGUUGAUGGCACCAGGGACAAAGAGUUGCAGGAACUAAAUCAUCAUUUGCAAGAUGGGAGCAAGAGAGAUAUGGUUGUGGGUGAACAAGGAUCGCAUGAUGACGGUCAGUUGAAAGACAAUAAGAAUGCUGAGAAUGUGAAAGAUGGCUGUGGAGGGACUGUUCAGGCAUCGGCUGUGCUGCAAGUGUCACAGCAACAGCCUCAAGCGGCAAUGGUUUGUUGGGAGCGGUUUCUCCAUUUGAGAUCCCUCAAGGUUCUGCUUGUGGAGAAUGACGAUUCUACACGCUAUGUUGUAGCUGCGCUGCUGCGCAAUUGCAGUUAUGAAGUUACUGAAGCAACGAACGGAUUACAAGCAUGGAAGAUAUUGGAGGAUUUGACCAAUCAUAUUAACAUUGUCUUAACUGAAGUAGCAAUGCCUUGCUUAUCAGGAAUUGGUCUUUUGUGUAAGAUUAUGAACCACAAAACACGCAAAAAUGUUCCUGUAAUUAUGAUGUCAUCUCUUGACUCCAUAAGUUUGGUCUUUAAGUGUUUUUCGAAAGGUGCUGUCGACUUUUUAGUGAAGCCUAUACGAAAGAAUGAGCUUAAGAACCUUUGGCAGCAUGUUUGGAGAAGAUGCCAUAGUUCUAGUGGUAGUGGAAGCGAAAGUGGCACACAAACUCAAAAAUCUGUAAAAUCAAAAAGUGUUGAAAAAUCAGACAACAACACAGGUAGCAAUGAUGAGGAAGAUAAUGGGAGCAUCGGUUUAAAUGUUGGGGAUGGAAGUGAUGAUGGGAGCGGUACUCAGAGCUCUUGGACUAAACAAGUAAAAUUCGAUGGUCCCGGACCCAUUUCACCAUGUGGUCAAGUCGCUGAGUGCCCUGAUAGUACUUGUGCCCAAGUUAUCCACUUAAAUGCUGAAGUAUCUGAUAAUAGAAGGAUCCCUGUGACUGAAGCAGAGGAGUGCCAUGAACAUGAGGAAAAACUUGACAAUAUUUCAAUGGGCAGAGACCUAAAUUUAGGUGUGCAUAGAGGUCUAGAUUUACAACUUGAGUACUCAAGUGAGGUUCCAAUCAAAUGUGUUGGCACAAAACAAAAUAAUCACCUUGAGGUGGACUCUAGUAAAUUUUUUGAGCCAAUUGAUAGAGGACAGCUGGACCUAAAGAGUGAGAGUCCAUCCAGCAAAAUGAAAUAUGAAGCUGCUAAUCUAAUAGGCGUCAUCACCAAGAUUACUGAUCCUGAGAAGAAUAAUGCAGAGUAUGAAGCCCAAAAUAGAAUUUCCGAGAUCCUAGAUGACAACAGUAAAGUGAUAAAGGAUUCCGUAGAACUACCAUCCCUUGAGCUCAGUUUAAAGAGACUUAGAGGAGUCAAAGACAUUGGGAUGACAGUUCAGGUUGACCGUAAUGUCUUGAGACGUUCUGACUCUUCAGCCUUUUCCAGGUAUAAUGCGACCUCAAAUACAAAUAAGGGUCCUGGCGGGAAUGUUGCAAGUGCUUCUCAGGUUGACAAUAGCUUAGAAGUAGCCAAAAAGGGAGCAAUUUGUGAUAUUCAAUCUCAUUCAAGCGGGGAUAUUCUCCAUCAGUCCUUAAAUGCAGGUAGCAACAACAUGGAUUUGGGUUCCACCACUAAUAAUGCUUUUAUUAAGCCAGUGCUUCUGAAGAAUAAAUCAGAAGUUUCAUCCACAAUCAACCGUUUGAAUCAAUCAUAUCCUUUCCAGCCUAUGAAAAAUAACCAUUUAUGUGGCCCUCACCAUGUUGCAUCAGAUAAGGGGGAGAGUGUGAUGGCUGCCUCAAGUUUGGCUCAACCGUGGGACGAAGACCAAGAACUCCAAAUUCAGCACCUCACUCACCAUUAUGAUAACUGUCACCAUCUUAUCUACAACCUGCAACAGCAACAGCUGCCACAUGACCAUGAUCUUUUAUCAUUAAAGAAAAUGGCUGCAACUGUUCCACAUUGUGGGUCAUCCAAUGCGUUGGGUGGACUAGUUGAAGGUAAUGCUAGAAAUCACAGUGUCAAUGGAAGUACCUCAGGCAGUAACCACGGGAGCAAUGGGCAAAAUGGGAGCAGUACUGCUAUGAAUGCAGGAGGGAUGAACAUAGAAAGUGAUAACGGGGUUGCUGAUAAAAGUGAAAGUGGCGAUGCAAGUGGCAGUGGCUGUGGGACUGGCAGUGGCAGUGGCAGUGGAAGCAGAGUUGAUCAAAAUAAGUUCAGCCAGAGGGAAGCUGCCUUGACCAAGUUUCGCCAGAAGAGAAAGGAGAGAUGUUAUCGGAAAAGGGUUCGGUACCAAAGUAGGAAGAGGCUAGCAGAACAACGACUGGGACAAUUUGUGCGGCAGACUGCAAACAAGAACACAAGCAGGGACGCAGACAGCUAGCUCAACCCUCCUCCUGACAUUGUGCACAGAUUUUAUCUGCUUUUUAUCAGUAAAAUGUGCAUCAAGUAAACGUUUCCCAAGCAUUCAGAGAAAGAAUUUGUUCUUAAAGUUGUUUGAAAAUGCUAUCUAGACAUUUUGAACUGUAUUUUAUUGUUGUGGACUUCAAUUGUUACUUGUAGAGUAAGGCGACCCCUCUUAAAAGGGGCAACCGUCUUCAGUUAAAACCCUUUUACUUUGUGUGUUGGUCUUCUUAAACCUGGUAAAGCAAUAGAAUAUUUAUAAGACCCCUCUUUUUUUUCCUA